UGAAUUUAGGAUAGUAAUAGAGUCUACCACUAUUACUGAAUACCAUCCAGCAGACACAGAUUAUCUAGACGAGGCUCUCGUGGUGUCCUCUUGCUCAAGACUGCGGCUCCCGAAAGGAAAAGAAGAGGACACGGUGUUUCCCGUCAAUGGAUUCCCGGUUGAUACCAAUUCAGCAGCAUCCCUGUUGCUGCCUCGAGAUCGGCUUACCCACGAAACAAGUCCGUACCGUUUUUACGCCAAAUGGAACGGGCUUCAUCGUUGCCUAUCCUCAUGUCGCCCACAACGGUCUAAUGCUGCUACCCGUUCACAGCCUCUUUGCUUUGCCCAGCAUACCUCUCUUGCCUAGUAUCUAUCUGUCUCCCUCCUUUGCCCCCCUGGGCCCCUCUUGGUCCCGAGAAAAGGUCCAGACACCCGGAUCGGUGCCCACUCGGACACCUGAUAGGUUCCCGAACAAGGCUUUCUGGGUACCCCGUCCCAGUGGAUCGCCUUCGGUGGCACUACUAUGGGGUGCAAGUCAAAGAAGGGUAUCGAUGGAUGUCUUGUGCUCACGCCUGUCGCUCAAUUGUCCCUGGAACAUUGGGAGAUUGAUGAGGGUGAUUCCAGGGUAAAUUCCGUAAUUUGGUGGCCAUCGCACUAAUCACUCUCCUGAUUAGAUUGACGAAUCGUCUCACGCGCAUAAAGUACGCCGUUGCGUUAAACACUUGGGUUCGUGCAA